AUGUCUUUAUUGCAAGAUGUCCUGGAAGCACAUUAUAGAUGGAUUCGGAUGAAAAGGGGCUCGUCCACGCCUUAUAAUCCCAAGCUCCCUCUAGAUACCAGGUCCAGGAAGGCUUCUAGGACCGAGGAGGUGGAUGCUACUAGGAGAGGGAUGAUGGAGCUUCCUUCUGAGGAUCAAAACCAAGAGCCUCUGUGA